GAAUUAUAUUGAGUAUCAGCGUCGCCGACACACCAAUCCAACCGCCGCCGCCGCCGACGCGCCAUCCCCGCCGCCGCCGCCAUGUCGCCGCUCGCCCGCUCGCUGCUCGCGCUCGCCGCGCUACUUGCCGCCGCCUACGCGAAACGAAACCCGUUUUGUGACUCACUGAACAUAGGCGAUGAAUAUAUUGGCAACCAGGAUGAUACUAUUAAUUUUAAGCUAACAGUUUCUGGUGAAUUUUACACGGUCAUUCCUGAUAAAUGCACCAGACCUGGAAGAAGGUUGGUUCAUCAGUAUCUUAGCGUUUGCAACACGCCAAAUAACAAGCCCACCAUCAGCUUGGUGAAGGACAGCGAGCCUUACACCGCCGUCACCUUCGACUGUCCCAGAGAGGUGCCUGGGUGCACACACCUCGAGUUAAACGUGGAGCAGGUGUGUAAACCGGUUACUGGGCCACAUUUUCUUCCUGGACCUGGACCGGAAGAUGACUAAUAUGAUUAAAUGGAAGUAUGUACAUUAAAAAUAUUUUCAUCUAUACAA